GGUCAUGAAAUUAAUUUGACUAGUCCGAACAUCACGAAGUGUAAUUAAAAAUUUAGUUUAAUUCAGUAUUUGCCUUUGCUAAUUUGAAUUUCAAGAAGAAUGCAUGUCCGUGAAUACUUCGAAAAAUAGUUUUAGUAGCAUACCUACUUUUAACAUAAUACAGAAAUGGAGUUUUUGUCGAUAUCAACGUAUUUAGUUUUCUUAUUUAUAGCUAUCUGCAAUGCUCAAAGAGAUGCACUUCCAGAUCUUAAUUCAUUAGAUUUAUUCAAAGACCAUCCUAUGGAUAUUGGAUCAUUAAUACCUGAAAGCUUAUUAAGAGAUUCAUCCUUACCUUCAUCAUUAAUGGGACGUGACAUUCCAACACUGUCGCCACUAACAGGACGUGACAUUCAAACACUGUCGCCACUUACGGGACGUGACAUUCAAACACUGUCGCCACUAAUGGGAAAUGACAUUCAAACACCGUCGCCACUACUAGGACGUGACAUUCAAACAAGUAAUGUAGCCACAACAGAAACAGUGAAAUCUGUUCCGCUUUCUGCAACAAAGCCAGCUACUAAAGCUUUUUUCAGUAUGAGAAAUGCUGAGAUUGGACAGCCCACACAAGUUCAAGCCAACACAACUAAAAUAACCGUGUCUCCAUUUCCGGCAACAGUGGCUCCCUUUCCAGAAACAGUGCCGCCAUUUAAAGCGACAGAAAUCGUUAAAACUAUACUAACAUCUGUAGCUACGCCACCAGUCAAGUCUUCAAUCAUUUCAGAGACAAUGGUGUAUAAGACAAAAUUAAAACCCAGCUCAUCCGAUUUUAAUGGGAGAGUUGUUCAUGAAUUCCUACCUCAAAAUAUAUGGCGUGACAUGAAAACACAAUCUAAUUCGUUAUCAAAUGACUUUAAAGAUGGUUUUAAUGUAGCAGGUUCUUCAAUUUUAGUAUCUGAUGUUUUCAAACAGCCUUGGAACCGACCAAAUUUAAACGGAGGCUCUUUCAUUCUACAAAAAAGAAUAAAUAAAUUAAAACAAAAGAAGAAAAUUAGAAAACAGAUUAUCAAAAACAAGCAGCCAUCGAUAGAGCAAUUAACAAAUAUUUUAAAGCGGGAAAACACGCUUCUGAAUAUAGCACUUGGAUUAAUCAGUAAAGACAAGUCUUAUUUAAAAGAUUCAUUAUUUAGUAAAAACAAAUGUCCGUAUAAACCACAUUCUCUCAAUAAAAAGUUCUUUAUGGAGAAGGUAAAGGAUAAUGGAUGGAUUAAACGGAGGUGUGCCCUUGGAACAGCAUAUGACCAAGAUACAUGUGAAUGCUCAAUCAAUAUUGGAUAUCAACCUGAAGGCUGUAAACCUGAAGUAUUUAUGGAUUUUAACAAAGGAGCUGUCGUGGAUUUAUCCUCAAAUGAAAUACCAUUUGGAGUAGAAGGUGUUGUAUCGCUAAGCGACUUGGCCUAUUUCAAUGGUGCUAGCAGAAUCAUUAUAUGGAGAUAUACAAACUUUGACUUCCAGCAUGCAAUGACUUUGAAAUUCAGGUUCAAGUCGGAAGCAAAGUCAAGAAGUAAACCUCAUCCUCUCAUCACAAACUGUGGAACAGGACAAGAAGAACCUUCUUUUGGUGUCAUCUUAAACAGCUUUGCAGAUGUCUUGACAUUCUUUGUGAAAACUACAGAAUCUGAAAUAAAAUUCCUGACUUUCAAAAUAAAUCCAAUGGAAUGGAAUGAUGUUAUAUAUUCGUACGACGGAGAAUAUUUGACAGGCAAAGUAAAUGGUUUAGAAAAAAGAGAAUCUGUUAAUGGAAAUGUUGAGAUACGAUCAGCAGAAAUGAUGUUUGGACACUGCGAAAGAUAUGGAUAUUUCAAAGGUUUCUUGGAUGACGUGAAAAUAUACAAUUGUGUACCUAAAGAAAUAUGAGCAUUUGCAUUUUACUACGGGAUAGAAAAACUGGACUAAGUUCGGUGAUGAACUUCUUGUAACAACGACGUUGAAUAAAAACGGAAAUUAGCGACAAUCUUAUAUUGCCAAAUUCCAGAUUGCAUUGCAAAUACUUUUGAGUAAUUGUAAACUAACUUAUUUAUAUCGUUCAUCUGCUAAUUUUGCAAAUUACCUUAUUUUUACUUAUGUGUUAGUUCAAUGUAAAUGUUUAUUAACGUAAUACUGUAAACAAAAGCAAUUUAGUUUGUAUUGUCUACAAAUAUAACAUAGGUUUACUUAGAGAUUGAUCUACCUAAAGUGAAAAGCAUGU